AUGGCAGCAGUGGAAGCGAUCAACGAAAAGGUGGAAGCCUUGUCCGUCAAGGACGACAAGCCCCAGCAAAAGGCCCAGCAAAACCAGCCAAAGUCCGAGGGCAAGUCCAGAAAGGACAAGAAGGCUGCCUCCCAAGCCAAGAACCCAUUGUACUUGGACCCCCAGCCAGCGUUCCUCGACCACCGUAUUAAGAUGUUCGACGAGUUCAAGGCCCUCUACGACGCUGACAUCGCGUCCAGAGAACGCAAGCCCAUCACCAUCACCUUGAAGGACGGCUCUACCAAGGAAGCCACUGCCUACAAGACCUCACCCAUGGACAUCGCUACUGGCAUUGGCAAGUCGUUUGCCGAGAGACAAGUGAUUUCCAAGAUCGAUGGCCAGUUGUGGGACUUGACCAGACCUUUCGAGGGCGACGCCAACUUGGAGUUCCUUGACUUCGACCAUCCUGAGGGUAAGGCGGUGUUCUGGCACUCGUCCGCCCAUAUCUUGGGUGAGGCUUGUGAAUGUCACUACGGAUGCCACUUGUCGCACGGUCCCCCCACCGACGACGGUUUCUUUUACGACAUGUCCAUCAACUACGGUGAAACCGCGGUUUCCCAGGCCGACUUUGCUAACUUGGAACAGGUGGCCACCAAGGCCAUCAAGGAAAAGCAGAAGUUCGAGAGAUUGGAGCUUUCCAAAGAAAACUUGUUGAAGAUGUUCCACUACAACAAGUACAAGGUCCAGUUCAUCAGCGACAAGAUCCCUGACGGAACCUCCACCACCGUGUACAGAUGUGGCCCAUUGAUCGACUUGUGUGUCGGUCCUCAUAUCCCACACUCCGGCAGAAUCAAGGCUUUCAAGGUGUUGAAGAACUCCUCGUCAUAUUUCUUGGGUGAUGCCACCAACGACUCCUUGCAAAGAGUCUACGGUAUCUCCUUCCCAGACAAGAAGUUGAUGACUGACCACUUGAAGUUCUUGGCUGAAGCCGCCGAAAGAGACCACAGAAAGAUUGGUAAGGAGCAGGAGUUGUUCGUGUUCAACGAGUUGUCUCCUGGUUCUGCCUUCUGGUUGCCUCACGGUACCAGAAUCUACAACACCUUGUGUGAAAUGUUGAGAACCGAAUACAGAAGAAGAGGCUACGACGAAGUCAUCACUCCAAACAUGUACAACUCCAAGUUAUGGGAAACCUCUGGUCACUGGGGCAACUACAAGGAAAACAUGUUCGCAUUCGAGGUCGAAAAGGAGACUUUUGGUCUCAAGCCAAUGAACUGUCCUGGCCACUGUUUGCUCUUCAAGUCCAGAGAAAGAUCCUACCGUGAAUUGCCAUGGCGUGUUGCCGACUUUGGUGUCAUCCACAGAAACGAGUUCUCUGGUGCUUUAUCCGGAUUGACCAGAGUCCGUCGUUUCCAACAAGAUGAUGCCCACAUUUUCUGUACUGCCGACCAGAUCGAAACCGAAAUUGCUGGUGUGUUUGACUUCUUGCAGAAGGUGUACGGUGUUUUCGGAUUCGAAUUCAAGAUGGAGUUGUCCACCAGACCUGAAAAAUACGUCGGAGACUUGGAAACUUGGAACAACGCUGAAGCCAAGUUAGAAAGUGCCUUGAACACCUUCUUGGGUAAGGGCAACUGGGAGUUGAACCCAGCCGACGGUGCCUUCUACGGCCCCAAGAUCGAUAUCAAGAUCAGUGAUGCAUUGAACAGAUGGUUCCAAUGUGCUACCAUCCAGUUGGAUUUCCAAUUGCCAAACCGUUUCGAGUUGGAAUACAAGGCCGAGACCAACGACAAGGGUAAUGCCGUGGGCAGACCUGUGAUGAUCCACAGAGCCAUCUUGGGAUCUGUGGAAAGAAUGACCGCCAUUUUGACCGAGCACUUCAAGGGUAAGUGGCCCUUCUGGUUGUCUCCUAGACAGAUUUUGAUUGUGCCAGUUGGUCCAAAGUACUACGACUACGCCCAGAAGCUCCAGAAGAAGUUGAACGACGAUCACUUCUUCUACGCCGACGUGGAUGUCUCCGGUAACACCUUGCCCAAGAAGGUUAGAACCGGUCAACUUUACAAGUACAACUUCAUUUUCAUUGUUGGUGCUGAAGAAGAAGAGUCCAACAGUGUCAAUGUCAGAAACAGAGACAUUCCAGAGGACCAAGGUAAGAACGCCAUGGUCAAGUUCGACGACGUGGUUGAGCAAUUGGUCAAGUUGAGAGACGAAAAGAGAAGAGACAACAAGUUGGUCUAG